CUGGCAGUGACAUGAUUUGUGUCAUGUCAUUCUUUUUGUAUCUUAAAGUUUUGCCAUGGCCAAACAGUGAACAAGGUUCAGUUUCAAGGUCAACAAGGGGCAGUGAAUGGAGCCUUGGCCCCUGAACUCAACAGUAGAUCAAAUGACGUGGCAUAUGCCAGCGCUGAUCUGUCCGUGUUGAACAGGAGUCCCAGAGAGGUGGAAAACCGAAAGGACAAAGAUGAUGAGUGUGCUGAAGUUAAGUGAGAAAAAACAAUGGAAGAUAAUGCUGAGGAAAAAAACUCUGAGGAGGAUUAAGCAUUGAGACUGUUUUAAGCUCAAAGAUUUAGUUAAUAAAAGCUGCUUAUUGUGAUUCAUUGUGCUUAUGCCAAAAGAAUGAGAGUUUUCAUUUCAAAGAUGAUUUAUAGUACAAAUACUAUAUCAUAGUAUAUAUUACCAUACGAUAUGCCUUUCGUUUACAGAGAAAAACUCUGUACAUUCAUCCUGAGUUUAGUAAGACAUAUUCAUGAACAUGAGAGGCCCCUGUUAAAAUACAGUCUGCCUGUCUGAGGAUGGUCUGUUCAAACAGUUAAUGGGGCAUUAGAGGAACUGUUGUACCACAAUCUUUCCUACUGUCUUAAUAAAAGUUAAAAUCUCCUCUGUAAGUCAUUUAUUAAAGAUGUUUUUUGGAGGUUUUUUGGUGGUGGUGGUGGGUAGGUUUUGUGUACAUUAAAUUUAUUACUGUUGUUAAUGUUUUAUGGUUUUGUUUAUGCAAUGUACUUUGGCUCCGUCAUCUGUCCAACAAAAAAUCCUCUUAAGGAAAACAAAAUAAGAUGGUUUUACAUUAAAUUAUAAACCUAUUUUGAUUUAUUAAAACAUUUCUUUACCAUAUAUCCAUUUCAAAUUACAUAUUUCAUGAUUUUUGCAUGUGAUUGAGAUACAGUCAACAUUCUCCAUUAAAACAAUAUAGGAUGCAAGAGCUGUGUUUAUGUGCACCAAAUAUAAAACAACCAAAUACAGAACAUGCAGAAGUUGUCAUGAACAUGUAGCAGGCUGGAGCAGAAUAAACAUCUGAAAAUUUAAAAUCACCCUUAAAUGCUUGUCUAGUUUUCAGUAUCAACCAGCAGAGGGCGGCCUACCACCAACAUUCAAGUCUGCAUUAAAAUCUUUAAAGGUUUGUUUGAAACUGCUGUGGUCAAAGGAUUGACCAGAACGCUCUAAUAAUUUGAAUUAUUUACAGCUUUAUAUUUACAAAUGACGUAAAGUGGAUUAUUUGGGUAGUAAUUCAAGAAGUGCCUGGGUUUUUCUGUCACAUUUCAUUUCGGUGUCUCUUGUCUUUAAUGGCAUCUAUGGUGAGAUAAACUUUUGAUAAGUGAACACUGACUGGCUGCAUGCGGCUUAUCAUCUGCCGAGUUCAAUGAAAAUGUGAUCAUGAUUCUCAAUCUAAUCAUACUAACAGCAAACAUUAUGUUUUUUAUGUAUUAGAUAAGAUACGGUACUUCAUUGUUCAUUAAAUACACAUAAAAUGGAAAUGUUCCUCCAGGAUCUAGCAUGAAAAGACCAUACAAGUAACAUCUAAAAUGCAACACACAGAAAAAAGUAAAAAGGAAAUAAAGUUAAGUACAUAAUCCCAAGAACAGUUGUUCAUAUCCCCAAAACCUAAAAUUAUUAAUACAGUGCCUUGCAAAAGUAUUCGGCCCCCUUGAACUUUUCAACCUCUUGCCACAUUUCAGCCCUCAUUGUGAAAAUGUUCUAAUUGUAAGAUCCGGGUAAAAAAGCUACAUCCUGUAUUGCUAUAUUUUGGCCUCCCAAGAUUAGACUUCCCGUUGAUUCCAUUUCUGCUUUUUAAAAGCUUCUGCUGCUCUGAAGGCUGUACUGUGGAAUGGAAGAAUAAAGUCUGAAGAACUAAACCAUGUUUGCUCUCUUCUGGACAACUGUGCUUUUCUCUUUGAGUGGCUCCAACACAUAUACAGUUGCAUCCGCCUUGGGAAGACCUUUCUGUUCCAAUGGAUUCUGCAUCACUCUUAAUGAGGGACAAAUAACAGCCGAGGCUGGACUCUGUGUUGUGCUGCCAUGUUCCUUCACCACUGCUGAUGAAUUUACACCAAAAAAUAUCGUCUGGUUCAAAUGUGAAUCAUGGAAAAGGAAAUGUGGAGACUCUGAUAUAAUAUUUCGCACCAACCCCAACAAGAUUCAACCUGAAUUUUUAGGACGAGUUUUACUGUUGGAUCCUGAUGUGAGCCAGAGGAACUGUAGCAUCAUGAUCAAUGACCUCACCACAUCUGAUUCUGGAUCAUAUCGGCUCAGAGUUAAUGGUCUUCAGAAUGGAAGGACAGAUGGAUUUAUGUUCACUUCAAAAACAAUUGUCUCUGUUAAAGCUUUAAAUCAAAAGCCCAAAGUGAUGAUUCCUCCGCUGACUGAGGGACAACAGGCCACUCUGACCUGCACUGCUCCUGGUUCCUGCUCUGGAUCACCUCCUAACAUCACCUGGAUGUGGGAAAGAAAAUAUGAAAUUGAUGAAAUUAACAUCCCAGGAAACAUCACAGCUUCUUUAAAAACUGAGAAUCUGUCUGCUGUUACACAGAGACACAGCUCAACUCUGACCUUUAACCCUUCAGCUAAACACCACAAAAUGAAUUUAACCUGUUUGGUCAGUGUCUCAGACAACAUAGCUACUGAGGAGACUGUCACAUCGAAUGUAACCUUGUUUUCAAAGAUCCUAAAAGGCUCUGGAUGUGUGCUUCAUACAGAAGUAUUGAGCUGUGUGUGCAUCAGUGAGGGGUCUCCUUUACCCUCCAUCACAUGGCCGCUGCUGAAGUACCACACUGAGUACUCCAUCUUUAACACUGUGUCAAAUCACACUGUCAACAGCACCUUAACUGUUACAAACCCUGGCAACAUCAGUGUUGAAUGUAUAAGCAGCAAUAAAAAUUGGGCAGUAAAAGAAAACCUUGCAGUCUAUCAACACCUAUUAGAAGAAGUAUUUCUGUAACUUUACAGUUAAUCAUGUAAAACAAAGUGGGUCUGGUUAUAAAGUUCUUCCCUGGGUCGUUGCUGGUGUUUCUCUCAGUGUAAAUGUUUUCUGCAUGAUCUACAUUUGGCACCUUUGGUGAGUUACAUCAUGUUUAUUUGGGCUUUCCCAGCCCAAUCAUACAGUUCCAACAAUAAUGUUUUUCUUUUCUUCAAAGGAACACACAAAAAAAGGUAAAACCCACUGAAGAUGAUAAAACUUACAUGUCUCUGCAAAAACCUGAUACAUCAUCAGAGUAUGACGUCAUUGUCCAACGACCACACUGACGUGUCUCCAGAGAUCGCUGUCACUUGGAAACUAGAUUUUUAUUAAAUUUAAUGUUUUAGACACAAAAGAAAAGAGGUAAGCAUGACCGUUUCCCAGAAAAGAAAAAAAUAAUUUCAUCCAAAAAUACAAAGAAAUUGUAACUAACUGGCUCUGGAUGAGAAUAAAAUAUAUCACAAACAACACCACAAGGAUGAAUGUUGUAUUUUUCAAUAUUUUUGUAAUUACUUUGCUCUUUUGCCCUCUAAGGUUGGGUUAAAUAUAUUGUUUAUCAUUUGUUUUAAUAGCAGAUUUUUUAUGUUGAAUAAUUAGUCAUUUAUUGCCAUGUCCACGGCUUUUGCCUGAACAAAUUAUUUUCCCUAAAAUAUUGUGUUCUCCUUUAUGUGUUUAUGUUUCAUUCUUUCUGGCAUUGUGUAUGUGCAUCAGUAACUUGUCUUUCUAACAGAAUAAAUAACAAUAAAAGAUUAUACAGCU